ACAUUUUGACGUACUUGAUGUACUCUACGCGUAAAGUUGUAUACGAGUUAUGUUUUCAAAAUUUGUUUUUCUUUGUCCAGUUCCUGGCUAUUUGGGAUGUUUUGGGGACGCUAGUGAUCGUGCCCUACCGGUUGGUCCAGCAAUAGAUAAUGAACAGUCGGUAGAGCGCUGCUUCAGAAACUGUUUACAACCUACCGAGUAUAAAUAUGCGGGACUGCAAGACGCGCAGGAAUGCUGGUGUGGGAAUAACGACUACGACAAACACGGUGAAGAGCCGGAUUCCGAUUGUCAAGAUGUGUGCACCGGAAACAGCGACCAGAUCUGUGGAGGCGGUUGGCGCUUAUCCGUGUACAGAGUAUCACAAGGAGUGUGUAGUAAUGACAUAGGACCACCAACCAACGGAGACCACACCAUCACCAACCCGCCUUCACUGUCUUACAAUCUCAACAACUUCAAGUUCUUCGGGACUCGUGUGGAUUUCUCCUGUGAUCCUGGAUAUACCCUCCAUGGAACAUCCAGUAUUGAAUGCAUUGAGACUGGCUAUAGCAACGUCACUUGGAGUGACUCGGUACCAACAUGUGAAGUCCCUGGCUAUUUGGGAUGUUUUGGGGACGCUAGUGAUCGUGCCUUAUCGGUCGGUCCAGCAAUAGAUAAUGAACAGUCGGUAGAGCGCUGCUUCAGAAACUGCUUGGAACCUACCGAGUAUAAAUAUGCGGGACUGCAAAACGCACAGGAAUGCUGGUGUGGGAAUAACGACUACGACAAACACGGUGAAGAGCCGGAUUCCGAUUGUCAAGAUGUGUGCACCGGAAACAGCGACCAGAUCUGUGGAGGCGGUUGGCGCUUAUCCGUGUACAGAGUAUUAGAAGGAGUAUGUAGUAAUGACAUAGGACCACCAACCAACGGAGACCACACCAUCACCAACCCGCCUUCACUGUCGUACAAUCUCAACAACUUCAAGUUCUUCGGGACUCGUGUGGAUUUCUCCUGUGACCCUGGAUAUACCCUCCAUGGAGCAUCCAGCAUUGAAUGCAUUGAGACUGGCUAUAGCAACGUCACUUGGAGUGACUCGGUACCAACAUGUGAAGUCCCUGGCUAUUUGGGAUGUUUUGGGGACGCUAGUGAUCGUGCCCUACCGUUUGGUCCAGCAAUAGAAUACAAUCAACAGUCGGUUGAGCGCUGCUUCAGAAACUGUUUGGAACCUACCGAGUAUAAAUAUGCGGGACUGCAAGACGCGCAGGAAUGCUGGUGUGGGAAUAACGACUACGACAAACACGGUGAAGAGCCGGAUUCCGAUUGUCAAGAUGUGUGCACCGGAAACAGCGACCAGAUCUGUGGAGGCGGUUGGCGCUUAUCCGUGUACAGAGUAUCACAAGGAGUGUGUAGUAAUGACAUAGGACCACCAACCAACGGAGACCACACCAUCACCAACCCGCCUUCACUGUCGUACAAUCUCAACAACUUCAAGUUCUUCGGGACUCGUGUGGAUUUCUCCUGUGACCCUGGAUAUACCCUCCAUGGAACAUCCAGCAUUGAAUGCAUUGAGACUGGCUAUAGCAACGUCACUUGGAGUGACUCGGUACCAACAUGUGAAGAAACCGACGAAGAAACCGAAGGAGACAACGACGGGCUUAUGUUCUUGUAUGGAACCAAUGAAGGCGACUCAAUUCUCCCUCCAAAUGAUGAUCAAGGCUCCGGUAGGCUGUCACUGGCUAAGCCAUUUCCCGUUUUCGACCAAAGCCACGAGUCUCUAUAUGUGAACACCAACGGUGUAUUCUCCUUUCUCACGCAAGUUUCAGAGUACACCCCUAAGCCGUUUCCCCUUGUUGAUGAGAUUUUGGUGGCUGUAUUCUGGGCCGAUGUGAACAUUCAACACAAUGGCAGCGUGUGGUACCGCGAAGUCGCCUCUCGUACUUCAGACAACGAGUUGAUGUUUGUCAAGGCAGAGAAUAUAGUCAGACAGGCAUUCGUCAACCAGACACUUGCCGACUUCGUAGCUGAUUGGAUGUUCGUCGCAACGUGGGACAAAGUGCCGUUUUUUAUUUGGCCCUAUGAACGGCAGAACGACGUAUUAACUAACACAUUCCAAGCUGUUUUUGUGAGCGACAGUGUGUACUCAUUCACCAUUUUCAACUAUGAAAACAUUUGUUGGACGACUGGAAGAAACAGUGGUGGCAAUACCUUGGGACAAAAUGGUGUUCCAGCAGUGGUAGGGGUGAAUGCUGGUGAUGGCUAUACGUUCAUUGCUGUUCCGAACUCACGGGGAGACCUGAUCGUUGAUGUUGACCAAGACACUAAUGUCAACACCACUGGCCGCUUCGUAUUCCGGAUUGACAGCAGCCAGGCUUAUUAUAAAAAUGUUUCUCAAGCAGAAGUUCGCUUGGUUGACGGUUCGGAUUCUACUGAAGGACGCGUCGAAGUCUUCGCCAAUGGUGUCUGGGGAACUGUUUGUGAUAACAACUGGGGGCUAAACGAAGCCAACGUCGUCUGUCGACAGCUCGGAUUUAAGAAAGCAGAAGCAGCACUGUCCAUGGCUACCUUUGGCCCCGGGAGUGCGGGGCAAGACAUACACCUAGACGAAGUGGAUUGCAUCGGAGACGAGCAUUCGUUGUUGGACUGUCGGAACAAAGGACUUGGGAUAAACAUUUGUUCACACGAUGAGGAUGCCGGCGUUCGAUGCCAGGUCCAAGAUUUUCGCUUGGUGAAUGGUUCAAAGACAAGCGAAGGACGCGUUGAGGUGUUCGUCAAUGGUGGCUGGGCGACUGUUUGCGGAAGACAUGAGAACUGGGACAUAGAUGACGCCACCGUGCUGUGUCGCGAUCUCGGCUUUCAGGGCGCCUUGGAAGCUUCUUCGGCUGUAUACGGCGUUGGCGAUGAGGAUCAGGCCUUAUUCCUUGACUAUCUUGACUGCGAUGGGGACGAAGCAUCUUUGUUUGAUUGCCCCAAUCACGGCUUUACGGUUCCCGACUGCUAUCAUGAGCUUGACGCCGGGGUGCGUUGCCAAGUCGUAUCAUCUGAGUCCUUAGAGGGCGUUCGACUUGUCGACGGCUCAGGUCCCCAUGAGGGUCGGGUAGAAGUUUUCGCCCUUGGCAACUGGGGAACAAUCUGUGAUGAUAAUUGGAAUGCACAAGAUGGCAUCGUGGUUUGUCGUCAACUUGGUUACAACAGCGUCCUGACGACCAAGUCGUCAGCUGCCUUCGGUCCUGGCACAGGCGAUGUACUGCUGGAUGAGUUAAAGUGCACUGGCAAUGAGAAGCAUUUGGGAGAAUGCUACCAUCGGGGGAUUGGGAUCAGUAACUGCUACCAUAGCGAGGAUGCAGGCGUUGUGUGCUAUGAUGCGCUUGUUCGUUUGACGGGCGGUUCGACCACAUAUGAAGGAGGUGUGGAGGUAUUUGUGGAUCAUGCGUGGGGAACUGUUUGCGACAAUAAUUGGGAUCUGCUCAGUGCCAAUGUCACCUGUCGCCAGCUGGGUUACCGCAGCGCGACGGAAGCACUGACCAACGCUGCCUUCGGUCCGGCUGAUGACGAUGUCCCAAUUCUGCUUGACGUGACUUGUUCGGGUAACGAAGAUUCGAUAUUUGAAUGUGAACGCGACGUGGUUGGGAACAACGUCUGUUCCCAUAGCCAAGAUGCCGGAGUCCGCUGUGAAGUUGGUGUUCGUUUGGCGGGUGGAUCAGAUUCGUCAGAAGGGCGCGUUGAGGUGUUCGGUUUUGGUGCCUGGGGAACUGUCUGCGAUGACGGCUGGGACAUUACAGAUGCCAUUGUCAUCUGUCGUCAACUCGGCUUUCCUGGGGCGAUAGAAGCCGUGACUCACGCUGGCUUUGGUGGAGGCACUUCCGAGAUGGAAAUACUGCUUGAUGAAGUGUCGUGUGCUGGUGACGAGGAAACAGUCUUCGAUUGUCAGCAUGAUGGGCUGGGGGUAAAUAACUGUGGACAUUUGGAAGAUGCUGGAGUUCGAUGUGACAUCAAAGUUGGUUUAGUGAAUGGAUCAGAUUCGUCAGAAGGGCGCGUUGAGGUGUUUUCUCAAGGUGCCUGGGGAACUGUCUGCGACGACAACUGGGACAUUACAGAUGCCAUUGUCAUCUGUCGUCAUCUUGGCUUUCCUGGGGCGAUAGAAGCCGUGACUAACGCUGGCUUUGGCGGAGGCGCUUCUGAGAUGGAAAUACUGCUGGAUGAAGUGUCGUGCACAGGUGACGAGGAAACAAUAUUUGACUGUCAGCAUAAUGGAGUCGGGAUAACUAAUUGUAGACAUAGUGACGAUGCUGGAGUUCGAUGUGUAAUCAAAGUUCGUUUGGUGGAUGGAUCAGAUUCGUCAGAAGGACGCGUUGAGAUCGUAUCGCAUGGUGCCACAGGAACUGUCUGCGAUGACAACUGGGACAUUACAGAGGCCACUGUCAUCUGUCGUCAACUUGGCUUUCCUGAGGCGAUAGAAGCCGUGACUCACGCUGGCUUUGGUGAAGGCGCUUCCGACAUGAUAAUACUGUUGGAUGAAGUGUCGUGCACAGGUGACGAGGAAACCAUAUUUGAUUGUCAGCAUGAUGGGCUGGGGAUACAUGACUGUGGUCAUGGUGACGAUGCUGGAGUUCGAUGUGACAUCAAUGUUCGUUUGAUGGGCGGAUCAAAUUCGUCAGAAGGGCGCGUUGAGGUGUUCGGUUUUGGUGCCUGGGGAACUGUCUGCGAUGAUGACUGGGACAUUACAGAUGCCAUUGUCAUCUGUCGUCAACUCGGCUUUCCUGGGGCGAUAGAAGCCGUGACUCACGCUGGCUUUGGUGGAGGCACUUCCGAGAUGGAAAUACUGCUUGAUGAAGUGUCGUGUGCUGGUGACGAGGAAACAGUCUUCGAUUGUCAGCAUGAUGGGCUGGGGGUAAAUGACUGUGGACAUUUGGAAGAUGCUGGAGUUCGAUGCGUAAUCGAAGGUGAACAGAUCACAACCACCCAGGAUUCAACAACAGAAAUAGCCUAUGUUGAACCGAGUACCAAAGUCCAGGAAGUCGACACGACGGAGUUAGCUGUGGGAACGGAUAGCUCAUUACUCCAAUCCACAUCUGCUCUGGCAGGAGGAACCUUACUCGAAUCUACAACUUCACAAGAUGAUUUCACAACUGCCUCAGAACCUGUUACAUCCAAAAUUACCGCAGAGUCAACAACUAUCCAAACAGGGCGUCCUCUGGCAACCUUCACAUCUACCCAAGCAGGGAGUACCUUGCUUGAUUCUAUAACUUCUGAAAAUGAUGGUCUAUUGAUGACACCACAAACAACAAUCCAGACUGGAGUUCCUUCUGCUGAUUCCAUAAUUGCCCUGACCGAGAAUUUCGUUUUUGAUUCAACAACUUCUCCCGCAUUAACAACCGCUCCCGUAGAAUCUACAACUAAGUCAACAGACAGUAGCUUAUCCACAACUGCCAACGUUGAAGGGUUUUCCUUAGAUUCCAUAAUUACACAAGCUGAAACUGCCACAGUUGACUCCAUAACUGCCCCGACCGAGAAAUUCUUUCUUGAAUCAACAACUUUUCCCGUAGAAUCUACAACUAAGUCAACAGACAGUAGCUCAACCAUGACUGCCCAAGCUAAAGGGGUUUCCUUAGAAUCCACUCAAGCUGAACCUGCCACAGUUCAUUCCACAACAAGCCUGACCACGAAUUUCCUUCACGAAUUUGAUUCAAAAACUUCUCCUGUAUCAACAACUGCUCCCGUAGAAUCUACAACUAAGUCAACAGACUGUAGCUCAUCCACAACUGCCAAAGCUGAAUGGUUUUCCUUAGAAUCCAUAAUUACACAAGCUGAAACUGCCACAGUUGAUUCCAUAACUGCCCUGACCGAGAAUUUCCUUUUUGAAUCAACAACAUUUCCCGUAGAAUCUAAAACUAAGACAACAGACAGUGGCUCACCCACAACUCCUCAAGCUGAAGGGCUUUCCUUAGAAUCCAUAAUUACUCAAGCUGAAACUGCGACAUUUGAUUCUUCAACUUCCCUGACCAACAAGUUCCUUUUUGAUUCUUCAACUUCCCUGACCAACAAGUUCCUUUUUGAUUCAACAACUUUAUCCGUAGAAUACACAAACAGUAAAUCACCCACAACUGCCCAAGCUGAAGGGUUUUCCCUAGAAUCCAUAAUUACUCAAGCUGAAACUGCCACGGUUCAUUCCACAACAACCCUGUCCACGAAUUUCCUUUUUGAUUCAACUUUUCCCGUAGAAUCUAAAACUAAGACAACAGACAGUGUCUCACCCACAACUCAAGAUGAAGGGUUUUCCCUAGAAUCCAUAAUUACUCAAGCUGAAACGUCCACAGUUGAUUCCAAAGCUACCCGAGCCGACCUGUUUCUUACCACAAAUGAACCUACAGAGGAAACCUACAUCACGAUAUCUAAAUCCACCAAAUCUGAAGUUACCGAUUCAGUAACUGAAGAAGCAGAAUAUUCUUCCAAGGAAUCUUCAACAGAACUUAAGUUAGGUAGCUCAACAGAAACGAUGGAUGCAGAUAACACAGCCGCACUAUUUGACAGUUUCAGCACUGAAUCCUUAGCUACCUCCACACAGUCUGCAACCAUUCAAGCAGAAAGUGGGUCAGUACAAUCCCCAACAAUCAGUCAGGCCGGAAGUUCUUCAGGUGGAUCCAUCAUCACACAAGCUGAAAGUUCCUCAGUUGAAUCCACAUCUACGAAGGCCGAAUUACUUAGUACAAGUGAGUCCGCAGCAGAAAACUCCAUUACGAAAUCUACAUCCACCGAAUCAGAGGUUACAACUUCAGUUACUGAAGACGGAACGAAAGUGGAACAUUCUCCCACGGAAACUACAACUGAAGUUAAGUUUGGUACUGCAACGGAAACACUUUAUGCUACAAACAUGGGCCCGCCAUUUGAGCGAGUCAGCACUACGUCAUCAUCUACCUCUAUACAACCUACAACUAACAAGGAAGAAAGUGGGUCAGUCAAAUCCCCUUCAGUCACCCAAGUUGGGGGUUCAUCUGAUGACUCCACCAUCGAUACACCAGUUGAAACUUCCCCAGUUGAUCCCCAAACGUCUCCUGCAGAGUCAGCUAUCCCUACCAGUGAAGUUACAACAGAAGAAAGUACUACUGACAAAUCCAUGUCAACCAAAUCUGAGGUUGCCACUAUGGAUGAUCAUUCGACCAUGGAAUCAACAACUACCGAAGCCUGGUUAACUGACUCAACAGGCUAUGCAACAUAUGAGGUCUUGCAGUUUGUUGCAACGUCUCAGAACCCAUUGACAGACAUGAGCACUGAAUCAGGGAUUGAGGCAAGUACUGAGAUGAUGGGCGUCACCACACAAGUCUCCAAUACUCAAACUGAUGCUGAGGCUAGAUGUGCUAAUGAAUUGGCUAUAUGUGGGGAGCAUGCUGUCUGCACAGAUACCCUAAACUCCUACCGAUGUGACUGUGAAGAUGGUUACGAGAAAACGACAAACGCUACCCAGUGUGAAGAAAUAUUCCCUUGCUUGGACAGCACCGUUAAGCAAUCCUGUAGGAAUCGGAGUUUUGUGGACUGUGUUCACGACAGGCCUGGACAGUCACACUGUGAGAACUGUCUGGAUGGGUGGACGCUGCAUAAUGCCCGAUGUCAGAAGCUUCAUAGAUUCAUAGGAAGCUUAAAAGUUAUCCGCAUCAAUGGAACAGUGGCAAAGUUCACGGAAGAUCUCCGGAACACGUCCUCAGUGGAAUUCACAACGUUAUCGACUGAGUUGCAGGAAGUCCUGACUGAAUCAAGUGAUGCAACUACCUGCAAAGUGCUGGGCUUCACCAACGGGAGCAUUGACGUGGAAUUUCUGUUACUUUUCCCGGACACAUCGAAUGUGACUGAGGAUGUGGUUCAAGAAGCAAUUGUCAACUACUUUUCUGGCAACUCAGCCCUCUUGGAAUUGGACUUGGGAACCGUUGUCGUAGUCGAAUUAUCUCUUUUCUGCGAGUUCGACUCUUGUUUAAAUGGCGGUACCUGUUCAAUUAUCAAUGAUGAAAUAGAAUGCACAUGUACGGAAGGAUACAUAGGGAGCAAUUGUGACACAGCUACCAUCAACCCCUCAACCAGUGUAUCAACUUCCACUACAACACCUGAUCUUAGGGAUACCAGCGUUAUAAGUAUGGACGCUAUCAUCGCCAUCGCAGCGGCUGGAGCAGUAACUCUCAUCCUUGUCGUUGUCGUUGUCGUGGCCAAAUGUUGGGGAAAGUCCAAAGUUGCCCCCUUGAAUCCAGAUAGCGAAAUACAAACGGGGCAACAACCUGGUCAAUAAUUACCUCCGCCAAGGCAAGGGCGGA